UGCCUGCCAUUGACCAUCUCUCUUUCCGGUCUUUACGGUUUGAGUUUUCAAGCACGACGUUGGAUUGUCCGACGAGUGUAAAGUAAUCCACUUGCAUCCAACAGUUGAUUGCUCAAAUCAGAUUGAAAAUGACUGAAACUCUUCAAUACAGAGGAUGCCUCAAAGGACACAAUGGAUGGGUUACGCAAAUUGCAACCAAUCCAAAAUACCCGGACAUGAUCUUGUCUUCUUCACGUGACAAGACUUUGAUCGUCUGGAAGUUGACUCGUGACGAGAUCAAUUACGGAGUACCUCAAAAGCGUCUGUAUGGUCACUCUCACUUUAUCAGUGAUGUUGUCUUGUCUUCGGAUGGAAACUAUGCUUUAUCAGGAUCUUGGGACAAGACUCUAAGGUUGUGGGACUUGGCUGCUGGUCGCACUACCAGAAGGUUUGAAGACCAUACUCAGGAUGUUCUAAGCGUUGCUUUCUCAGUUGAUAAUCGUCAAAUUGUAUCUGGAUCACGAGACAAGACCAUCAAGUUAUGGAAUACACUGGCUGAAUGUAAAUAUACUAUUCAAGAAGAUGGACAUUCUGACUGGGUCAGCUGUGUCCGGUUCUCUCCCAAUCAUUCAAACCCCAUUAUUGUGUCUGCUGGUUGGGAUCGUGUCGUCAAGGUAUGGAACUUGACAAACUGUCGUCUCAAGAUCAACCACAAUGGACACACUGGCUACCUCAACACUGUAACUGUUUCUCCAGAUGGUUCUCUUUGUGCUUCUGGUGGCAAGGAUAAUAAAGCCAUGUUGUGGGAUUUGAAUGAUGGAAAACACUUACACACCCUUGACCAUAAUGACAUUAUCACAGCUCUAUGCUUUAGUCCCAAUCGCUACUGGUUGUGUGCUGCUUAUGGACCAUACAUCAAGAUUUGGGAUCUUGAGGGCAAGGAAAUGGUUGAAGAACUAAAACCUGAAAUCAAUAAUAAUGCUUCCAGCAAGGCUGAGCCUCCUCAAUGUUUGUCUUUGGCUUGGUCUACUGAUGGACAAACUUUGUUUGCUGGUUAUUCUGACAAUAUUAUUAGAGUAUGGCAAGUUUCUGUCACUACCCGUCAAUAAUUUUGUACAAAAAAUGACCAAUAAAACAACAGACUAAAAAAAUUUAUUUAACUUGUUUUAUC